CUCAGAUUUCUGUCAAUAACAUGGAGCUGCGAUUGUGAUGUGUUGUUUUCGCAAAAAAACAAUAAACAAAAUGGUUUAGUCACUGUGUGCCGUGCUGUAAAAUCUUAAUAAAUACUCACUUACCGUCCAGACCACCCUUCAAGAGACGAGCUUCGAUUUUCAGAAAAGACCAUGGACGUCAUGGAACCGAUGGAUUCUGACACACAAGACUCGGACGAUGAGUUUGCUUUCGAAACCGAUCAUCUGGCUCUCCGUGGGAAUAAAGAUUACUGCGACCUGCUAAAGUACAUUGUUAAAUUAGAAGCGCAGAAGGUAAAGGCAUUAAAAGACAUUGAGGAUUUGUCAGAGGCGCAAACUCGAGCACUGAAUGACCCUCUCGAAUUUAUUGAAGAGAUGAAGUCUGGGAAUUUAAAUUUCCCUCCUCGACAAUCUAUUGCCGACCUACCAGAUAUCAACUGGGGUAACUAUGGUAUAGACGCUUCUCAAGACGGUGAUGAUAUCAGAGACACAAAACCAAACAAAGAUGACCUUGACACUGCCACUAAGGUUAGAGGCCGUAAGUUUACAGAUAACAAACCAGAGACUUUCAACCAACUGUGGUCCUGUGAGGAACAGAAACGGUUAGAAGAAUUACUGGAAAUUUACCCCGAAGAGCCUAUUGAGGCAAGAAGAUAUAAGAAAAUAGCACAAGCUUUAGGAACAAGGACCCCUAUACAAGUCAUGAGCAGAAUACAAAAGUAUUUUGCUAAAUUAGCCAAAGCGGGAUUGCCUAUACCUGGCAGGAUACCCAAAGGAGCUGGUAGAGAUAAGAAUAGAUCUAUAUUUUAUAAGAAGUCUACAUUUUUCCCUCAGUUACAUGUGCCUGUGACGAUGGAGGACCCAUAUGACAGUGGGGAGACUCAUGAGAGUGUGUCGGGAAUGGAAAUGAAGAGCAGUAAUAAAGCUAUGCUGGAGAUGCUGAAGGCUGCAAAGGAGCAAAGGUUAUUGGACGAGACCUCACCUGUGUACCAGACUAAGACUAUGUGCGUGGGGUGCCAGAAAAAAGGCUUCCUUGGAGCUAGGUGGACAGACAAUGCUGGCACUGACUACUGUACUGACUGUGUUGUAAAAUUACUGCCUGGUGAAAGACUAAUACCUGUGCGAUAAACUGCUUUAAAUAAAUUACUUAUUUAUUGAA